AUGGGUAUAUCAAAUGUUUUGCACAAAUUAGAGCUACCACGGCCAGCUGCUGCUUUGCAUACCAAGGCCUAUGUCAACGAAGACACCGUGCCUCUUCCCCCUCAUCGGAGAACGUACGGACCUUGGAGUUUUAUUGGACUAUGGGUUGUAACGGGUUCUUUCAACAUUGGAGGCUGGACAACUGGUUCGUCGCUCAUAGCGCUUGGUUUGAAUGUAUGGCAGUCGAUGUUGACGGUGAUAAUUGGUAACACCAUGGUAGGAAUCAUCUGUGUGAUGACAGGCUAUCCUGGAGCCAAAUGGCAUGUCGGCUUCCCCAUUCUGCAGAAAGCCCACUGGGGUGUUUUUGGAGGUAUAUUUCCGCUCGUGAACAGAAUAAUCUUGUCGUUCAUUUGGUAUUCCACUCAGAUUUGGUGGGGUGGAGAGACCCUGAAAUGUUUCAUCGAGGCACUAUGGCCCUCCUUUAGAAGCCUGAAUAAGGAACUUGCAAAAGGCACCAUGACGACUGGUGAUUUCACUUGUUUCAUCAUUUUCUCAGUACUGUGCCUGCCUUUAAUCAGGAUUCCUCCGGAAAAGUUCCAGAGACCGUUUGCUGUGGCAGCCAUCACGGUGAUACCUACGGUAUUCAUAUUGCUUAUUUGGUGCUGUGCUAGAGCUGGUGGAGGAGGAGCUUUAUUAUCUGAUGUUACGGUUGCUGGUGUUGAGCAGGUCAAGGGCAGUACCCUGGGUUGGACCUUGGUCUACGGGAUCAUGUCCAAUGUGGGCUCCAUCUCCACCCACAUAUUCUCCCAAUCGGAUUUCACCAGAUUUGCCAAAAAACCUAGCGAUCAGUUUUUGGCUCAGAUAUUGUUUGUUCCCCUCAGCACCAUGGUGGUUGCUUUGAUUGGAAUUGUAUGCACUUCUUGCGCUACUAAAUUAUAUCCCGAGGAGUCCCUUCUUUGGGAGCCGUUCAGUCUUCUUUCUGCAAUUCAAAAGUAUGCGAACGACUCUUCGAGAUCGCGGGCUGCUGUUGCAUUUGCCAGUUUGGCAUUCAUUUUCUCCCAGUUUGGUAUUGCAGUUGCUGAAAACGCCUUAUCUAACGGAAUUGAUCUUUCAGGACUGCUUCCCAGAUGGUUCAACUUGAAGAGAGGAGGGUAUCUUACUGCUGCGUUUGCAUUCAUAAUGCAGCCAUGGUCGCUUCUGAACGGAGCUACUAAGUUUCUGACGGUUAUCGGAGGUUAUGCUGUAUUUCUUGGUCCUUUUACAGGUAUCCUGUUCAGUGACUUCUAUCUCGUUCGCAAGAGACAACUCAAAUUGACCGAUCUCUAUGAUAUUUCAGACCAAAGUAUUUAUUGGUAUACCAAAGGCAUAAACUUCAGAGCACCAGUGGCGUGGAUAAUGGGAGUCUGGCCUCUCCUUCCAGGAUUUGUAAAGUUCGUUCAGGAAGGCGCUGUCGAUAUGACCAGUAAUUGGUCUAAGGUAUAUUGUCUAUGUUGGCUACUGGGUUGUUUGAUAUCCAGUUUCGUCUAUUACGUAUUAUGCUAUUUCUUUCCUGUGAGUGGUCUCGGGCUUAUUGAUGAUGGAGAUUACUUUGGAACCUUUGGAGAUGAAUAUGUGGUGGAUACUGAGGGCUCCGUCACAACUGUCCAGAAACAGGGAGACGUUGUUGUUGAGAAAGUUAUAUCUGGAGAGACAUAA